GAUAAUAGCAAAUCAAGAAAAAAUAAUUGUUUUUCAUGUAUAUAUAAAGGCCCCUGCCAAAUAAUUAGUAUCAUUGAGCACCGGCCGCCUCUCGAGUCGGGUCGACUCCUCGGUCUCUGCAUCGCUGGGCAGAGGAAGGAGAGAAAGGUAGACAGCGAGAUGAAACAACAAAAGGAACCAACCAACUCAACCGUAUCACCCGCACGUGGCCGCCGCGAUCCCCGUCCACCUCGCCAUCUCCAUCGCCCCUUGCCAUUCUGUUCUCUAAUAGUCGAUCGGUAGAUCAGAUGAAUCCCUUCUGCUGCUCCUCCCUCGUUCCGGUCUCCCCUGCCGGCGCGACCGCCCCCUCUCCCUCCCCCGCCGCACGCCAUCCCCUCCCGCAAAUGCCCCUUCCUGCUCCUCCGCCACCCCCUCCCCCUCGUAGCUCCGCCGCCGCCUCCGUCGCGCCCGUCCAGAGCCGCGACCCCUCCCCCCUCCACCGCCGGAGCUUCAACGACCACAACGGAAGCCUCCGCUGGCCCUCCACCCCUACCAGCGCCUCGACCAGCCAGCAGCAUGGCCACCACCACCGUUCCGCCACCCUCCCGUCCGAUCUCUCCGCCUCACUUCGCUCCUCCUCCCACGACGCCCUCGACCACCGCGAGGUCCGGCUCAACAACAUCGUGGGUAACGGGAUCGCUGGGAUCCUUCACAAGUGGGUCAACUAUGGGAAGGGUUGGCGGCCGCGCUGGUUCGUGCUCCAGGACGGCGUCCUCUCCUACUACAAGAUCCACGGUCCUGAUCGCAUCGAGGUCAGCCGGGAGACCGAGAAGGGGACCAAGGUCAUAGGCGAAGAGUCCGUCCGCCGGAUUUCUCGUCGCAAGAAUGGUCGCUCCCAUCUCCCACGCAAGCCGGUCGGCGAAGUCCACCUCAAGGUUUCAUCGAUCCGGGAGAGUAGAUCGGACGACAAGAGGUUCUCCAUCUUCACCGGGACCAAGAGACUGCACCUGAGGGCGGAGACGCGGGAGGAUCGGGUGGCAUGGAUGGAGGCGCUGCAGGCGGUGAAGGACAUGUUCCCGAGGAUUUCGAACAGCGAGCUCAUGGCGCCGGUGGACAACGUCGUAGUGUCGACGGAGAAGUUGCAGCAGAGGCUACACGAAGAAGGGGUGAACGAGGCAGCGAUACACGAUUGUGAACAAAUCAUGAGAAGCGAGUUUUAUGCGAUGCAGAACCAGCUUGUGCUUCUUAAACAGAAGCAGACCCUCCUAGUCGACACCCUCCGCCAAUUAGAGACAGAAAAGGUUGACUUGGAGAAUACCCUCGUUGAUGAGAGCCAAAGACAAUUAAAAGACCAUGGGCCAGUGUCUAGGUCAAGAUAUGAGAAAUAUAGUGACGGGAGUGCAAGUGAAUCUGAUUAUGACAAUGAAAGGCCAGAUGCUGCUGAAGAGGAGACUGAUGAAGAAGACAAUACUUUCUUUGAUACGAGAGAUUUUCUUUCAUCAAGUUCUUUUAAGAGUACAGAAUCUGACUUCCACAGAUCUGAAUUCGAUUCUGAUGAUGAGAAUGAUUAUGGUGUUGGUUCUGUGGGUGCUAGUGACUCUUCUAUGAAAUCUGUGGAACCCAACUAUCCCAAUGUUAGGAGACGUGAAAAAUUGCCUGAUCCAAUUGAAAAGGAAAAAGGAGUGAGCCUCUGGUCGAUGAUCAAGGACAACAUCGGAAAGGAUCUUACAAAAGUUUGCCUUCCUGUUUAUUUUAACGAACCAUUGUCAUCGCUGCAGAAAUGUUUUGAGGAUUUGGAAUAUUCGUACCUAAUUGACCGAGCAUAUGAGUGGGGCAAAAGGGGGAAUGGUCUUAUGAGGAUACUCAAUGUUGCUGCAUUUGCUGUUUCUGGAUAUGCUUCAACUGAUGGCAGAACCUGCAAGCCCUUUAAUCCACUUCUUGGGGAAACAUACGAGGCUGACUAUCCAGACAAAGGCCUCAGAUUCUUCUCUGAGAAGGUCAGCCAUCACCCCAUGAUUGUUGCAUGUCAUUGUGAGGGAAAGGGAUGGAAGUUCUGGGCAGAUAGCAAUUUGAAAAGCAAGUUUUGGGGUCGUUCAAUUCAGCUUGAUCCUGUUGGUGUACUGACCCUUGAAUUUGAAGAUGGUGAAGUUUUUCAAUGGAACAAGGUGACAACUUCCAUUUACAACCUCAUACUGGGAAAACUUUAUUGUGAUCAUUAUGGUACUAUGCGUAUACAAGGAAAUCAUGAAUAUUCAUGCAAACUAAAAUUUAAGGAGCAGUCAAUAAUAGACCGUAAUCCUCAUCAGGUGCAAGGUAUAGUUCAGGAUCGCAAUGGGAAAACUGUAGCAACACUCGUUGGAAAAUGGGAUGAGAGUAUGCACUAUGUGUACGGAGAUUGCUCUGGAAAAGGCAAAGGAUCUGAACUAUUGUCGGAAGCACAUUUACUCUGGAAACGUAGCAAACCACCUAAGUGUCCCACCAGAUACAAUCUGACACGCUUUGCAAUAACAAUGAAUGAACUCACCCCUGGAUUAAAGGAAAAACUUCCAUCGACUGAUUCAAGGCUAAGGCCAGAUCAGAGGUGCUUGGAAAACGGGGAAUAUGAAAUGGCAAAUGCUGAGAAGUUGAGACUGGAACAGCGACAACGUCAGGCAAGAAAGAUGCAGGAAAGCGGUUGGAAACCUCAGUGGUUUGCAAAAGACAAAGAAAGCGAUACAUACCGGUACUUAGGUGGUUACUGGGAAGCCAGGGAAGAUGGCAAGUGGGAUGGAUGUCCUGAUAUCUUUGGUCAAGUCCAUGUUGAUCCGACAAUAGAUUGACUAGUUGUUCAGAAAGCAAACAGUCUCUUCUCUUUAAAUUUUUUUUCCUUUUAAAUACCUUUUAUUUUCCUUUUUCUUUCUCUCUCUCUCUCUCUCUCUCUCUCUCUCUCUCUCUCUCUCUCUCUUUUCUUCUUGGUGGGUUAUACUUCACAUUUUCGAGCAACCAAAAUUCCAUACAUAGUUAGUGUAAACAGGGAAAUGGUAAACUAUACUGCUGCUUUUAAUAAUAAGAAAAAAAUGAGCAUUCUUCCUAAUAUUUUUACCGAUUCUAUGAAAACUUGAAUCGGGUAGAAAGUUCAUCAAAAUGCAAUUUUGUUUCUGCUAUUAAUAGAUUGUAAAAAUCACGAAGAAUUGUCAGUUACUUGGUGCUGCAGUAAUUUAUGUGUUUAUGUCAUUUAACUUCGCUCCUGCUCUUUUGUUCAUGCAUGUGGUGCAAAACCUACCUACACAUGAUAUAAAAGCCAGAGCAAACAUCUUUCAAUGGUUGUUUCUCCCUGCGGUCUGGUAUGCCUUCUGUCACACUUUUAAAUGCUUCAAUCUUUUGGCGUUCUCAUUAAUCUCCUCCUUACCUUUGCUCGCUGUAAAGUAGUGAUUCGAGAAUAGAUAUAGAUCCUAAUUGUAUGAUAGUUGCAUCAGCAACACUUUUGCCCAUCUUCUCCCUGCUCGUGUAGCAUUCACAGGUCUUGUCACCUCGAAUCCGCCAACCGGCGCUCGACAACGAACCCUGGACAGCCAAAUCUGAAGCAACCCCAAAGGAUGGGUGCUCUCUUGGAGGUGACGACGGGGCGAGUCUAAGCAUCGCCACAGCAGUGUUAAUUAAUGGGCGGGACGUCCAAAAGAAGAUGGCAGCCGGCAUCGACUGCCACAAAAGGAGGAGCGGAAGCACGACUCUUUCCUUCUUUCGUUCUAUCCGUCUACCGAACGGUCUCAGAAGGAGCGGCAGCUGUGUCCGGCAAUGAAUGAGAGAGAGAGAGAGAGAGAUGGCAGCAAAGUUAUUUGAAACUGUUAUUGGGGGAGAACUAAUCCAUCUGCGUCUUCUUUAAAGUUUAGCGGGAAGCUUAACAGAUAGAUGGCAGCAAAGUUAAGGGGAGGGGGACAUACAAAGCAAGCCGAAAGCUACAAUUCAGCAGUCAUUUUAUCUUCUUCGAUGGGCCAAUAAAAGGUGACAACUUGGGAAGUGAUAGCAACCUGCAACGUGGGGCUGUUGAAGUCCAUCACUCUAUUCCUUGUACUCUCUCUCUCUCUCUCUCUCUCUAAUAAGAAACCAUUCGUCGUUCUGAAAAGCUACAAAUGCAAAUAAUCAUUUUCUUC